AUGUACGUUACCGAAGCAUAACGAAACGUCCCUGGCUUUUAUGUGUUUAUUAAAUUGGAUUAAGAAAUAUUCUUGUACUUUCUGUUUCGAUUUCAAUGUUGAUUGAGGAUUAUAAUCAAUUCUGGAACAUAAAGAUUCCAUAUUUUGAACAAUUUACAGGGCAUUUAGAAUUCAAUUAAAUAUGUCAAAAACUAUCAAAGAAAUCAUUUUGGAGGAAUUUCUGACAUGUAGUAUUUGUAUGGAAGAAUUUCAAGAGCCGAAGGUACUAAAAUGUCUUCAUACAUUCUGUGAAGACUGUAUACAAGUCACUAUACAACACCAAAUUAUGACGUCACAUUCGGAGAUUUGGUGUCCUGUAUGUCGGACUAGAAUUGACGUUGAUUCAAAUGGUGACUAUAACCUUCAAACUAAUUUUCCAGUAAAGAAUUUACUGGGAAUUAUAAAGGGUUUACCGACAAAUGAAAUAUUUGCAGGAUUAUACAAAGCACAAGUUGGAUAUAAUCUCAAUAUGGCUCAUGUUGUCGCCAUUUCGGAGGCGAAUCAGUGUGUGUACCUUAAAGCUAGUGUCGACGAUCUUCGCUUUGCUGUCAUUGAAUUACGUCGCCAGAUAGAGCAGUACAAAACUGAUUUGGAAAUAGAAAGAACCAUCACGGCAAAACUGUCCGCACAAAUGGUAACAAAGGACAACACGAUUGUCCAUUUAGAAAGAGCUGUUGAUGAUUUAACUUCAAAGGCGCAAAAGGAAGACCCCGAGAAAACUGUGCAUGAUUUGGCGAAGUCAUCAUGUGUUGUUCAAAUAGUACAUAGAUGCGCAACAUGUAUUGAAGGUUUUUGCAGAUGUUUUUCCAGAUUACUUCAGACAAGUUUCGGCUGGCUGAAAAGAGGAAGAAAUACGAAAGGAAUAAAAGGCACUUAGCUCUGUUGAUAGUUUUAUGAUAGACACGAACACGACACGCUAUCAAGCAAAACAUUUUUUAUACAUUUUUGUGCAACAAACUUGCCUUUCAAUCUACAAACUGGCAAUCAUACUGGAUAUAACUUCUGAGGAAAUGUCUUCUACAUGUAGAUGACCUCACCUACAUACAUGUCUAUAUGGAAUCUUUUGAAAUCUACAAAACCACUGUCCGGUUAGCUCAAUACGUAGAGCGUUGGUAUGUGAAUCGGACGGCCCGUUUUGUUUACCGAACGGCGCAGGUCACUUUCGUU